AUGUCAGUUAAUGAAAGAUAUGUAAUAAAUUUAUCAUCAGAUGAAGGUGAAAUAGAUGAUAAUGAUAUUGAAAUUAUUGAAUUUAGAAAAUUAACACAAAAUUUAAUUAAUAAUCCACAAGCAAAAGAGACUAAUAAUUUGAAUGAUAGUAAAGAAGAUGAUACAACUCAUGAAGAUGAUUCUGAAAAAGUUGUUAAAAAAUUAUCAGAUUCUCAAUGUCCUAUUUGUUUUGAUGAAAUAACAAAUGCAACUAUUACUUCAUGUGGUCAUUUAUUUUGUUUAGAAUGUAUUGAACAAAGUAUAUCAAAUUCAUCAGCAAGAGGUCAAAUUAGAUCAAAUAAUAAUAAUUCAAGAGGUAAAGGUUUAUGUCCAUUAUGUAGAAAACAAGUUAGUUUUAAAGAUACUAUUUUAUUAAAAAUGAAGAAAUCAAAUAUUGCAAAUUUACCAAAAUUAGGGUAA